AUGACCGCGGUGUUUAUAUCACUAUCACCUGGUGUGUUCUUAUAUAAUGACGUAACCGCUACCAGACCAAUUUCGGGUUGGUUCGGAAGACAUCCGAAGAAGGAAAACACAGAGACCGGAGACGCAUUGACGCUGCAGAUUGUUAUGGGUGGAAAUCUGGACGACAUUAGAAAUUAUGUAGCAGCUGGUCGUGUUGAUGAACAGAAUAAGUUUGGAAAUACUGCACUACAUAUGAGUGCAAAGUAUGGCACAGUGGAGAUUGCUAGAUUGUUGGUAGAAAGUAAAGCAGCUCUGGAUAUCCAGGAUGAGAAUGGAUUGACUGCAUUACAUAGCAGUGCAGAGAGUGGCACAGCGGAGAUUGCUAGAUUGUUGGUAGACAGUAAAGCAGCUCUGGAUAUCCAGGAUAGGGUUGCUGAUUCACCAUUUGAAUUGUUUCCUAAUUCCAUAACGAGUGAAAGUGAAGAGGAUGCUGAUUCAACAUCUGAAAGCAGUGAAAGUGAAGAGGAAUUCUUUGGUGACGAUUUAGUUCUUCAGAGAGUAGUGUUUGAGAAGGAUGAGGAAGUUUGCCAAAGAGAAAUAUCUGUCAUCGAUAAAAAAAGAACUCCAUGCUAG